CUCUGGAUACGUCAUUCAACAACGAAGUCGUACGGGAAUCAUAUUAAUACUCAUCUGUACCGUCUUCCUUAACCUAUAUUAUUUCGUGUCGAUGACCAGAAGAUCAUAGUAUCACUUAUAGGCAUAAGCUUAAAUCUGUACUUGCAGUUUGUAUGUUCAAAUAGAUCUACAUGUACAUGAUUAGAUCAACAAAGAGAAUUAUACAAGUUGGAGAAAAUGGUUGGAAUUUGUUUUCACAGCAAAAUUUAAAAGGUUCAACAACAUUCCUUGGUUUACAUACAGUAAACAAGGUAGCCAGUGUGUUUGAUACAAUGACCGCUCAAGUAUCUCUACCUCCCAAGACCAACUUUUAUCGUAGACCUUUACCAGAGACCUGCAUCUCCUUCUCUUCAAAUGAAGGAAAGACUUUAUUUAAGGAAGCAUUAUCAUCUGGACAUUUAGUAUGUUAUUUUAAACUUGCUGCUCAAUUUAGAACUCAAGAUGAACCAGCCUUUUGCGGUCUGUCUACGUUAGUAAUGGUGUUAAAUGCUUUAGAAAUUGACCCAGGGCAAAUCUGGAAGGGACCGUGGCGCUGGUACCAUGAAAAUAUGUUGGAUUGCUGUACUCCAUUACAGAUUGUCGAACAAAAUGGUAUCAAUUUGAACCAGUUUAUGUGCAUUGCUUUGUGCAAUAAUUUAAAUGUUCGUUCAACCCGAGCGGAUGAUUUCCUGGAUGUGAACAGUUUCCGGGAGGUUGUUAAAACUUAUACUGAACAAGAUGAAGCUUUUGUGGUCCUAUCCUACUCAAGAAAAGUAUUAGGGCAGACUGGUGAUGGUCAUUUUUCUCCUAUAGGAGGAUACCAUCCUAACCGUGAUAUGAUUUUAAUAAUGGACACUGCCAGAUUUAAGUAUCCUCCUCAUUGGGUACCACUACCAUUGCUGUUCAGUUCAAUGAAAAGUAUAGAUGAAGAAACAGGACAACCCCGAGGUUUUAUGAUUUUAAGUAGACAUAAGGAAUGUAUACAUCUGUUGUUGUUUAGUGUAUCUCAAGUACUGAGUGUGACAGCACCAAAUAACUUGCCAACUGAUGUCUCGGCCUUUCUUUCUAGCUGGAGAAUAUUUUUAAAGACAUAUAUAGAUAAAAGUGCACCUAUUUCUGGAGAAAAACUUGUUGAAAUUAUUGUAAAUAAUUUAUUAAAUUGUGCUAAAGUAUUAGAAGAUGAGCAUUCUAUGUUGACUAUUAACACUUUAAUUGAUGCAGAACAGUGUUCUAGCAUCAAACACCUGAUUUGUGAAUUAGAAUCACUGCAACUUUAUUCUAGUGUUAGAUCUAUUCUCUCUAAUUGUGAUUCUCAGAUGAUUUUAAAACUGUUUAAUGGUAAAAACAAUGAGAAUAUUGUAAGCUCUAUGGGCAUCCAAGAUACACAUUAUUUAACUUUUUUCCUUUUAUGCUGGCCAUAUGCGUGUGUUGUCUGUUCUACAGGGGAGACAACUAUUGGAGGAGAGAUGACAAAGUAUGUUAAUUGCAUCUUAGCAACAAAGUUAGAUUACUUAAAAGAUGAAAUUAUGAUCAUUCGCUCACAGUUAGAAAAUAUUUUAGAUUUUAAUGAGCAGAAAAAAUCUCAUCCAAAAUGUUGUAGAAAAACAUGUUCUAAGAAGAUAAGUAAAGGAUGUUACAGUUAGAGUUAGUCCCACCCAGUCUUUACAGUUAAAUUUUUGUCAGAAAAACUGAAUUGUAUGAAAUGAAUUCUAUAACCUUUAUAUUUUAUUGGAUUUGGUUUUUGUGCAAUCUGAUUAAAACACAGAUCCUAUAUCGUUUCUUUUUAUAGUUCAAAAUUUCGUUUUAUUUGUCUGUACUACACUAGGAUCUGGAAGAGUUGUUAUAUAACAUGCGUUCUGGAUGGCGUGAGGAAUUCGUCAAUGAAACCAUCUGUUAUGCGACUUCUUGGCGUGGGAUGCACGCCGCACGGAACUGUGGAUAAACCAGUAUAAACGUCAACGCUGAUUGAUUAAAUCAGUGUCUGACGUCAUAGGGUCAAAAGCCGCUCGUACGACCCCUGACUUGACCUUCCAGUACAACUGAUCAGAUCUUCAUGUAGUGUAGGCCAUCGAAAGUAUACAAAAAUGAAACGAAAUAUAGAUCUGUAUUUUAAUCAGAUUGGUUUUUGUGUAACUUAAUUAUUUUAACAAGCUAUUUAUACAUUUCAAGAAAUGGUCAUAUAUUUAUAA